CAUGAGUAUACAAUAUCGAAUUUCAGUAAAAGCCCAGAAAAUUGGAGUUUAAAUUACACUUGAAAAAAUAAAGAAAAAUGGCAAGUACAAACGCUCUCGUCAAUCUGCAGCUCAACACAAACAAUUGCUUCAACUGUGUGAGUUCAAGAACAAAUCAUUCAAAUUCUUUGCAGAUCAAUCAAAGAAAGACCUACUUGAAUGUCUCAAAUAAGAGGCAAAACAAGGUUAAUAGAGUCGUUUGCUUUGCUCUUGAAGAUGUGAGGGAUAUGCAAAGAAAGCUUGGUAUUGGGGGUACAGGAGCAGUUGUUGAAGAUAAGUCUAAGGUGGCUGAUAAGAUAACAGAAGAGAACCUUAAUCCAGAAAAGGGGAGCGCACUCUAUAAUUUUCUGUAUCCAGAUAAGGAGCUUCUACCAGAAGAUAAAGAAAUGAGUAUUUUCGAUCAUCUGGAAGAGCUGCGAGAACGAUUAUUUGUGUCGGUUUUGGCUGUUGGAGCGGCCAUCAUGGGAUGCUUUGUGUACUCAAAGGAACUCAUAAUGCUUCUCGAAGCUCCUGUUAGAACUCAAGGUGUUCGAUUCUUGCAGUUGGCUCCUGGAGAGUUUUUCUUCACAACUAUAAAGGUAUCUGGAUACUGUGGCAUUCUUUUAGGAAGCCCUGUGAUUCUAUACGAGAUCAUAGCGUUCAUUCUGCCAGGACUAACAAAAUCGGAGAGGAGAUUUCUGGCCCCAAUCGUGCUAGGAUCCUCGAUACUUUUUUAUACAGGCAUUGCGUUUUCGUACUCGGUUCUUACUCCAGCUGCCUUGAACUUCUUCGUUACUUAUGCAGAAGGGGUUGUGGAAUCUUUGUGGUCAAUUGAUCAAUACUUUGAGUUUGUGCUCGUGCUAAUGUUCAGUACAGGAUUGUCUUUCCAGGUUCCGGUGAUACAACUGCUGCUAGGACAAGUUGGUUUGGUGUCGGGGGAUCAGAUGUUGUCAAUAUGGAGAUACGUGGUGGUUGGUGCGGUUGUUGCUGCUGCUAUUGUGACUCCGUCAACUGAUCCACUUACUCAGUUGCUUUUGGCGGGACCCCUUUUGGGUCUUUACUUUGGCGGUGCAUGGACCGUAAAGCUCAUUGGUCGGUAACGGAACCAUCUGCUCGGUUUUCAGACAUGUGGGUGUGGGUGAAAUCUUAGAUGAAAGAAUGAUUUUGUGGAUGAAUGUUGUUGGUGAAGGGUAGGGUGGGUAUUUGCAAUAUUGAAUUUAAAAUGGGAGGGACAAGAGACGGUUUUAGUUGCAAAGCAGUUAUGAUUCGUUUAUGUAACAGAUACAAUCAUUCAAUAAAGAGAAACCAUGUUUAUUAUGUGAAA